CUGCUGAUCGAUCAAGUCGACGAGUCUAAGCCAGCCUUUGAUUUGCCUGUGCAACUACCGGCCAAGACCAUCAAUAAGGCUCUGGAGUGGUGCAGGCAUGCGGCACAGUUGGCACCGGGUGACGAAAAAUCGGAGGAAGAAAAGCAGUGGCGGCAGAAUUUCCUCGCUUUGCCGGAUAAUAAUGAGCUUUUCGAACUUGUGCAGGCCGCAAAUUAUCUGGAUAUAAGCGACUUGUUGGCCAGUGGCUGUAGAACAAUUGCAGGCCACAUCAAAGGAAAAAGUGUGGAAGAGCUGCGCGAAUUCUUCAACAUCGCAAACGAUUUUACACCAGAGGAGGAAGCACGUGUUCGUGAAGAGAACGCUUGGUGUGAGGAAUGA